AUGUCAUUAUACGGUGAUUUACCUCCGCCUACGCAUUCGGAAUCAAAUGCAGAUGAGGAAACUCAACAACCUUCCACCAGUUCGGAGACUCAAACCACGAGUUCGAAAACGUCAAAAUCUGCUCUUCCAGUUGGUUGGACUCCAGGAACAUUACGUUUUAUGCCUACAAUUCAAAGAAAGCCAAUUAUUCAAGCAAAACCGAAGCUUAUUCCACGAAUACCUGCUUCGAUAUCCCCCAACAAAAAUUAUAUUUCGAAUUCUCCAAACCUAAGUACCGCGGUAUCAUCUCCUCCACAACCAUUUCCUAGUGAAAGUGGACCGAUUGUACAAACCUCUACUUCUACUACCACAACCUCUCCAAAACCAUCGAUGGCUUCAGAAGAAUUAAAUGAAUUUAAACCUUUGUAUAGUAGUCAAAGAAUUCGAAUUAAAAGACAAGCACCUUUAUCAUAUGAUGAUGAUUAUGACCCAACACGUCCUAAUGAUUAUGAGGAAUUUAAAGAGUUUGAAAAGAAACGUCGUGAAAAAGAAGCAAUUAUGCGUCAAGAAGAAAUGAGACCAAGGUCGAUGAGAUCAUAUCCACCACCACCUUUAUAUUCAGAAUUAUCACCAUCAUCAUCUAAAGCAAGUGAAGCAUCAGCAGAUGUACCAACUGCGCGUUCACCACCAGUAAAAUUGGAUUUAGAAAUUUCUGGUGAAGAAGCAUUUUUACGGAGAGCACGUUUAAGCAAUCGUGCUGUUAAUGAGACAACUCCAAAGUCUCCGGAAAUUAAAGCCACAACUAUUUCGAGUUCUUCUGGGGAAGAUUUUGCGCAUCGCAUGCUUACUAAAUAUGGUUGGCAAGAGGGGCAAGGAUUAGGAAAGAAUGAACAAGGUAUCAAUGAACCAUUAACCGUUCAGAAAACAGAUAAACGUUCAGGAUAUAUCGUCAAUACAUCAAGCACUCAUACAGCUAAAACGGAACAACCACCAUCUAAAUUAAUUCCAAAUUACGAAGUUCCAUCGAAAGUGAUUAUGUUAACAAAUAUGGUCGGACCUGGUGAAGUUGAUGAUACUCUUCAAGAAGAAACAGCGGAUGAAUGUAAAGAAAAGUAUGGAGCAGUGGAAAUAAGGAUUUUCGUGAAAUUUGUGGAUCAAAUUGCGGCAAUAAAAGCAAAAAAAGAUCUUAAUGGUCGAUUCUUUGGAGGUCGUGCUGUUUCGGCAAGAUUUUUUGAUGAAGUAAGAUAUGAAAAAUUAGAUUUGGCACCUUCUGCCGUGGAGUUACAGAUGGGCAAGCCAAAAGAAUCUUGA